AUCUAUAAAAUUGUCUGCUUUCUAAAUAAAAAUAAUUACAAAUUUGUUUUCUGUUUAUAAACUGUUUUCUGUUACAAACAAAAAAGUACAAAAUUCGAUUAAAAAAUGACUCGCCAUGCAAGAAAUUGCACAGCCGGAGCUGUCUACACUUAUAACGAGAAGAAAAAAGACGCUCAAGAAUCUGGCUACGGAACAAACAGUCAACGCAUUGGCAAAGAUUCAGUAAAAAGUUUCGAUUGUUGUUCUCUGACUUUGCAACCUUGUCGGAAUCCUGUGGUCACAAAAGAUGGAUACCUCUUUGAUAAGGAGGCAAUUCUUCAGUACAUCAUAACCAAGAAGAACGAAUACAGCCGCAAAAUGAAAGAAUACGAGAAGCUAAAGAAAUCCGAAGAAUUAGAAGUUUCACAGGAAAUGUCCAAGAAACAACAAUCGUGCAUUGAUAAUUUCAUCAAUUCCUCCAAGCCAGUAUCGACUCCAGCGCGUGAAGAUGUUGCUGCGGUAGCAAGUACAUCGGCUUCAUCCUCUUCCAUCUCGAACAUGUCAAAUGGACACGAAAGCAAAUUGCCAAGUUUCUGGAUUCCAUCACAAUGUCCCAAUGCUGGUUUGGCCAAAGCUAAGAAACCAGAUCCAACAAUCUAUUGCCCUGUCUCGAUGCAACCUUUGAAAGCUAAAGACUUGAUCAAUGUUAAAUUCACUCUGGUCGAUGAAAAGGAUAAAACAGCUCUUGUUGCCAAAGAGAAUCGCUAUAUGUGCCCGGUUACCAGGGAUGUCCUAAAUAAUGCUGUUCCCUGUGCUGUUUUGAGACCAACAGGUGACGUGGUCACAAUGGAGUGUGUAGAGAAAUUAAUCAAAAAGGACAUGAUUCACCCACUGACUAGUCAGAAGCUUAAGGAAAAAGAUAUAAUUCCAUUGCAAAGGGGUGGCACGGGAUAUGCAAUCACAAAUGACAAAUUGCAAGCAAAGGAACAACGUCCAGCAUUGCAAGUUUAAUAAUAUUUUAUUUUGUAUUCUAAUGAAAAUGAAUGAAUCAUCAUUAAAGAAAUUAUUACCUUUAGUUCAAAGUC